AUGAGCGGAAACCAUAAAAAUAGACAAGUUAAUAAAAAUGUUGAUACAAUCGAUGAAGAGUCAACUAGAAAAAAACAACCAGUGGUUUAUGUAGAAGACCCACCCACCCCACCAAGAUGGUUUUCUUAUGAAUUUAUUUUUUACUAUAUAAUUAUUGUAAUAGGUUAUUAUUUAGUAUUUAAUAUGUUUUUAAAUAGAUCGAAUGAAUAUAAUAGUGGACUAAAAGAAAAUAGUGGUAUUGUUGAUGGUUGGUUUUUAGAUAGAAAACAAGAUCUUUCCGAUACUCAAUAUAGAAUAUACAGAUCAAACUUUCCACUACUCUCAAUUGGCUUAACAAUUUUUGUUUUACUCAGUACAUUAAUCCGUAAAAGCUUACCAGAAUCAUUAACAAAUAUUAGAAUUUUAUUUUAUGAUAUAAUUUCAAUUGGUUUUUUAAUUUAUGUUCAUGGAUCAUCAAGUAUCAUAGUUUUAAUUAUAGCCUUAAUCAAUUUUGGUAUCAGCAGACUAUUUGAUCGUUCAAAACUAUUACCAGCAGUAACAUGGAUAUUUAAUUUAAUUAUUUUAUGGACAUCUUAUAUUUAUGAAGGUUAUCACUUUUCAACAUUAUCACCAAUUAUCGGAGAAUGGGGUGCAUGGUUAGACCAACAUAAUGGUUUCCUAAGUUGGGAAACCUAUUUCAAAGUUUCAAUGCUUCGUUUUAUCAGUUAUAACAAUGAUUACUAUUGGAUGAGAACCAAACGUCCAGUCCCAGAAACUAAAGGUAGAAAUGCAUAUUUUAUAGCUCAAGAACGUCAUGGACCAUUAGAUCACUAUUCACUAUCACACUUUAUCGCCUACAUCUUUUAUAUUCCCCUCUAUAUUGCUGGUCCAAUUGUAACAUUUAAUGCAUUUGUAGCUCAAGUCUAUAAUCCACAAAAAACCCACAGCUUUAGUGAUAUAGUCAAGGCCUCCAUAAAGAUUCUCCUUGUAUUUUUAAGUUUAGAAAUUUUCUUACACUACUGCUAUUAUCAUUCAUUUGAUAAGAGUGAUGUCUGGAUGUCAUUUAGAGGUGCCGAAGUUGCUCUUACAGGUUAUCUCGUCUUAAACUUUAUGUAUGUCAAGUUCCUCAUCAUCUGGAGAAUCUUUAGAUUAUUUGCUUUGUUUGAUGGUAUCGAUACACCAGAGAACAUGAACCGUUGUGUUAAUAACAACUAUACUUUCACUGGAUUCUGGAGAUCAUGGCACGGUUCUUUCAACAAAUGGACUAUUCGUUAUCUUUAUAUUCCAUUAGGUGGCAAGAAAACUCAAAUCAUGUCCAUUUGGGUCAUUUUCUUCUUUAUUGGUCUCUGGCACGAUCUCUGGUGGAGCUGGAUAGCAUGGGCCCUCUUAAACUGUGUUUUCUUCUCUAUUGAAAUUGCAAUUAUGUUCUAUUUCUAUCAUCCAAAACGUUUAUCUUUACGUCGUAAAUGGUACUGGAGAUUCAUGGUUGCCGCUGCUGGUACUUUCAACAUCUUUUUAUUAAUGGUUGCAAAUCUUGCAAUUUUACAUGGUUUCGAAAAUUCAAUUAUAUUUAUUAAAAAUGCUUUCUUUUCCGAAGGUGGUUUUGUAGCAUUUAUUUUCGCCUAUGGUUGGUUAUGGUGUGGUAUUAUGAUGAUGAUGGAAAUCCGUGAAUCUGAAAAACGUUCAAAAGAAAUAAAACCAUUUUAG